AUGUCAACUGGGCCGCCCGCUUGGUCGGCUCAGGACGAACACGAGUCGCGCUCUCCUGUUGUUGAAACCCGUCCCCGCCGGUCGCGUCGGAAGAAGGACGACGACGCCGAAACCGACCGCAAAGAGCCUACGACAAAGUCCGCGAGAUCCAAGGAGAAGGAGAAGGACAACGUGAAGGAGAAGGAGAAAGACCAGGACAAAGACAAAGACAAAGACAAGGAGAAGGAGAAGGAGAAGGAGUCGAAACGGUCGACUCGUCGUCCGCGAGACAAAUCCUCGUCUGUGUCCAACAACCCUACUUCUACCCCGUCCUCGUCCAAUCCCCGCAAGAAGCCCAAGUUGGAAGCCACGCCGCCAAAGCAAGACCCCGAUACGGCUCCUGCAACUGCUACGGUUCCUGAGGCUGUCCCAACAGCUCCAGCAUCAAUCCCGGUGUCCGCGCCCGGAGGUACUGCUUCAGUUCCUACCCCAAUCCCAAGUCCCCCAAUUGCGACUGCGCCGUCCUCAUCGAACCACCCUCAAUUCCCAUCCCAACCCCAGCUACAAGAGACUCGCCCUCUUCACCCACCGUCUCAGCCGUACCUCUCCUCGCAGCCAACUCCCCCUCAAGCUCCAACGCCGACGACGUCACCUCCCGCAUAUCCGACGAUGGUCUCUGCACCUCCGUCACGUCCCCAAUCCCAGCCAUUGGCGCCUCCUCCCCAGCGGAGCAGUGGUCAAAAUUAUGAUCCAAUUCGAUCUGCCUUUGGCACGAACUCGUCGGCUCCAGCUUCUUUCAGCCCUCCACCUCGACCCGUUUCGCCGCGGCCGUUUCGCGCCAGUGCCUCGCCCGCCAUCUCUAGCAUAAUCGAUCCCCCACAGAACGGAUCGCCACCCCAGUAUGCGCCGCGUCCGUACGGGUCACCGAAGCGAGGCGCGACAAGUUAUCCGCCGACACCAGUUGCACAUGCAGUUGCCCCAGCACAUUCGCCAUUACCUCCGUCAUCGUCGCCGUAUGGGCAUCAGUCUCCUUAUGGGCCUCCUGCACAAACCUUGCCCCCUCAAGAAACCCAAUCCCACGCUCAGCCAGUCACAUCGCAUCCUCAGGCGCCACAAUCUAUUCCCGAACAAAAACCGUCUCCAUCACUUGUUCAGCAGACACAGUCGGAACCAACACCAAUGGAGGUUGAUAAUGAACCCUCGGCCACUGCAGCCGCCGAUAAGAUACCCAAAAAGGAGGUCAAACCUGCUACGGCACCUUCAUCGAAACCACCCUCUCCAAAGCCUGCAAAAGCGGCGAAAGAGGCUCCUCCCUUACCCCAGGGUUCGGGCCUUAUUUCUAACGCUUUAUUUGGCAUGGAUGAUAGCUCCUCCGAUACCCCGGAUCAACGAACGCCCAAUAUUAUUGUACACAUACCACUCAAAGGGCAUGGUAAUCAAAUUGUGAACUUUGCCCGCUUGGCCGAGGAGCAGUACGGAUUCGCUGCCCUGCAUCCACGAUUAGCAGCCCACAAGGAACGCAUGGCUCGUGUAGCCGCGGCGGGCGCUGCGCUCGAGCGAAAUGAUCGCUUGGGGCGAGGAAUUUCAGCCGGGGAGAGCGCAGACGAAGACCUUAGCCUUGACGUUGAUCGCGACAGUGAAGCUGACGGAGAGGGCGCAAUGAGUGCUGCAGCUGCGCAGAACAAUGAACCUUCCGAUGGGAAGAAGAGGCGCCGCAGGAGGAAGAUGGAGGAAUAUGAUCGGGAUGAUCCGUUUGUGGACGAUACCGAAAUGGUCUGGCAGGAACAGGCCGCUGCAAGUAAGGACGGGUUCUUUGUAUACAGCGGUCCCCUAGUAUCUGAAGGAGAGAAAGUGCAGGUUGAGCGGGCGGAUGGAACAAUUAAGCGAGGGCGUGGGCGAGGGCGUGGCGGCCGCAGUCGCGCUCCUGCGACGACCCAUCAGCAGCUUCCGCUGGCUGCUGCAAUUCCGAUUUCUCAAGAAACAGGUCUACCGGUCCGCGGUCCCGGGUCAAGGGGUGGCAAUGUCAAUCGUCGUCCUCGCAUGAGCAAGAAGGCAGAACAAGAUAAAGCAGGUGGCGCACCGACAUCCCACGGACGAGGCGGGGGUAACGCGGGUCGCGGUAGCUCAUCAACAAGCACUCGAGGAGGCAAGGCCCAGAUGGUCGAAUUGGCACCUCGGCCAAGUCUUGCUCCUGCGCCGCCAGGAAUGAACCCACUGGCAGGACCGGAAAUCGCCAUGAAAUAG